CCCCAUCUGUACCGGAUAUCCGGCGGCUCCAUACACGUUGUCUUUACCUCGCGAAGGGACAGAGACCGUAGCUGCGUUUCUUUCUUUUCUGAACAAGCGCAGUCCGAGAGAACUCGCAAAAGGAGUAAAAGGCUCCUACAUAACCUGUAACUACCAAUAUAUUGUAUGAGUCAGAAGGUAGAAAAACCAGUAUUAUCGGGUCAACGGAUCAAGACCAGAAAAAGAGAUGAGAAAGAGAAGUACGACCCGAACGGGUUCCGCGACGCGCUGGUGGCGGGGCUCGAGCGCGCGGGAGGCGACCUCGACGCCGCCUACAAGUUCCUAGACGCCGCCGGCUCCAAGCUCGACUACCGCCGCUAUGGCGAGGUCAUAUUCGACGUGCUCAUCGCGGGCGGCCUGCUGCUGCCCGGCGGCUCGGUGUCCAUGGACGGGGAGACCCCCAAGACCAACACCUGCAUCUUCAACGCCAACGAAGAUAUGGACACCAUGCGAAACUUCGAACAGAUAUUCCUGAAACUGAUGAGGCGCUAUAAAUAUUUGGAAAAGAUGUUUGAAGAGGAGAUGAAGAAGGUCCUUGUGUACAUCAAGGGCUUUGAACCCCAGAACCGUAUCAAACUCGCGCGGAUGGUGGCGCUGUGGAUAGGUAACGCGUGCGUGCCGCCGUCGGUGCUGCUGGUGCUGGUGAACGAGCACCUGGUGAAGGACAACCUAGCGCUGGACUUCGUGCUGGAGGUGUUCGCCACCGUCAAGCAGGAGCGCGGCGCCGCCUCGCUCGUCACCGCGCUCAAGAGGGGGCAGCUCGAGGGCAGGCUGCUGGAGUUCCUGCCGCUGAACCGUCGCGGCGAGGAGGCGCUGGCGUCGGCGCUGGCGGCGCGCGGGCUCUCCGAGCUACUAAAGCUGCACCGCGCGCAGGCGGAGCAGGAGGCGCGGCGGGCGCUGACGGCGGCGCUGCGCGACGAGCUGGCUGACGAGCGCGCGCCCAAGGACCUCGUGCCCGAGCUGCGCGACCUCGCCGUCAAGCUCGACGUGCCCGACCACGAGGUCGUCGCCAUUAUCUGGUACUGCGUGAUGGCCCGCGGCGAGUGGAACAAGAAGGAGGAGCUGCUGGCGGAGCAGGCGGCCAAGUACCUGCGCCAGUACACGCCGCUCUUUGCCGCCUUCUGCCAGUCCGCCAAGGCCGAGAUCGCGCUGCUCACUAAGGUCCAGGAGUACUGCUACGAGAACAUGAGCUUCAUGAAGGCGUUCAGCAAGCUGGUGCUGAUGCUGUACAAGACCAACGUGCUUUCGGAGGAGGUGAUACUCAAGUGGUACCGCGAGCCCAACUCCAGCAAGGGCAAGGUCAUGUUCCUCGACCAGAUGAAGAAGUUCGUCGAGUGGCUGCAGAGCGCCGAGGAGGAAUCGGAGAGCGGCGAGGAGGAGGAUUAGUUUUAAGUACAGCGAGUGAGACUGAACGCGCCGCCCGCAGCAUAAUAUACCCCCGUCAGAGGGCCGGCGCCCCACCCCCCACACCAGCACACCAGCCCCAUCGCCACACACCGCGGUACCACCGUGCCCCGACAGUCAUCAACCAGUACCCACUAUGUCCACCUUUCCCUGAAACAGAAUUAACGAGCCCAAUGUCAAUACCCCAAACAAACAGCUAUCUAUGUGCUCCGCGACAUUUUCUACUGUAUAUUAUUCGUUUCUAAACAAAAAGAACAUGUUGAUGAAAUACAAUAUUUUUUAUUCAAUUUUUUUUAGUAAAAUUCAAAUAAACGGUGGCAACACUGAAA